CUCCAGCCCGGGGCCAGGGGUUGUCGCUGUGUCCUGCCCCGCGGGGGCGCCCGCCGGGUCCCGCGCUGCGCAGAGAGACCGGACCGGGUCGCGGACACCGAUCGCCCAGCCCGGCCGUCCCGCAGGCCUGCCCAGCCCAGCUCUCAAUGUGGUCAGGAGUGGGACAACUUCAUCUCCGCCCUCGGCUCUCACCCGGAUCAACUCUGAGUUAGUUUCCCGGUGCCCUUUCAGGGUUUUCCUUCUGCCCACAAUCCUCCUGUGCCCAGCCCUUACUCACCUUCCUGUUUCCUAGCCUCCCUUCCCACAAUUCCCGGCCCUAGCAAGCCCUUCCUCCUCCUGCUCUGUCUGUCCCCAGAGGACACUUUGGUGAGGUUACAGCGUUCGCUAUUUCCUGCUGGUGUCCUUGCAGAUGCCAGCAUCCCAAGUUGCAUCUUCCCAACUCUGUGUCUUUUUCUCAAUGCUCUCCUGUCUUAUUUCCCGAGUCUUCUAGAACAUUCCAACCUAGUGGUACUUUAUCAUGCCCAUGCUCACUCCUAAGACCCCAAUAAGCGUGACACCUCUGGCGUCCUCAUCUCCUCCGUAAACACUGCCUUCACCGGUUUCUCCCGGCCCCUGCCUUCAUGCUCUGACUGCUGGCACAGACACUCCCUCUGACAUUAGUCCCACCUGCUAUCCUACCGCUAUCCUUCCUUGACGCUCUUCCUCCCCAGUUCUCCUUUUGCUUAGCCUGCCGCAAAGCAAACCGGGACCCCUGUCCUCGUGAACCUCUUCCUAUCAUGUUCCCCUGAGCCUCCAAAGAGGGGGCUCAGGGGGCCCGAUGGCCUCCCGCCCCCCGUGGCCCUGUAGCCCCAGCGGGCCAGGGGAAGAGCCCAGGAAGCCGCAGCGCCCAGGAUGGGCAACCGCACCUGGGAGGGCUGCCACGUGGACUCUCGAGUGGACCACCUCUUCCCGCCAUCCCUCUACAUCUUCGUCAUCGGGGUGGGGCUGCCCACCAACUGCCUGGCCUUGUGGGCAGCCUACCGCCAGGUGCGCCAGCGCAAUGAGCUGGGCGUGUACCUGAUGAACCUGAGCAUCGCCGACCUGCUGUACAUCUGCACGCUGCCGCUGUGGGUCGACUACUUCCUCCACCAUGACAACUGGAUCCACGGCCCCGGCUCCUGCAAGCUCUUCGGCUUCAUCUUCUACAGCAACAUCUACAUCAGCAUCGCCUUCCUGUGCUGCAUCUCCGUGGACCGCUACCUGGCCGUGGCCCAUCCACUGCGCUUCGCGCGCCUGCGCCGGGUAAAGACCGCGGUGGCCGUGAGCUCCGUGGUCUGGGCCACCGAGCUGGGCGCCAACUCGGCACCGCUCUUCCACGACGAGCUCUUUCGAGAUCGCUACAACCACACCUUCUGCUUCGAGAAGUUCCCCAUGGAGAGCUGGGUGGCCUGGAUGAAUCUGUACCGGGUCUUCGUGGGCUUCCUCUUCCCCUGGGCGCUCAUGCUGCUGUGCUACCGCGGCAUCCUGCGGGCCGUGCAGAGCAGCGUGUCCACAGAGCGCCAGGAGAAGGUCAAGAUCAAGCGCCUGGCCCUGAGCCUCAUCGCCAUCGUGUUGGUAUGUUUUGCUCCGUACCAUGCUCUCCUGCUGUCUCGAAGUGCCGUCUACCUGGGCCGGCCCUGGGACUGUGGCUUCGAGGAGCGAGUCUUCUCCGCCUACCACAGCUCCCUGGCCUUCACCAGCCUCAAUUGCGUGGCCGACCCCAUCCUCUACUGCCUGGUCAACGAGGGAGCUCGCAGUGACGUGGCCAAGGCCCUGCACAACCUCAUCCGCUUCCUGGCCAGCGACAAGCCCCAGGAGAUGGCCAAUGCUUCCCUCACCCUGGAGACACCCUUGACCUCCAAGAGGAGCACCACCGGCAAGGCCUCCGCGGCUGUCUGGGCGGUAGCUCCACCGGCCCAAGGGGACCCGGUGCCACUGAAGGUGCUGCUGCCGCCGGCACAGUGAGCCCCGCCCCCGAGUCUCAUGCCCCGCCCCUCUCUGCUGUAUGCAAAUGUAUGUAAAUAUGGCCUGUGAAUAUCGGUAAGAAUACAAGGGGGAAAAAUGA